UACGACGAUACCUAAAUAAUUUAAAUGAAGUGUAAUAUAUAUAUAUAUAUAUUGUUUUGGAGGGAGGAGAAUUGAUGGGGGGUGGGGGUGUGUGGUGGAAUAUAAUUGCCAAUAUUAUUAUCAUUAUUAUUAUUAUUAAUAAAGAAAGAAUCUCAUUGAAAUAAUUAUAAAUAAUCAUUGAAUGAUAAUAUGAAUUAAACCUCCAGAUGAAUGAAUGUAUUCCAUCUUUAUUGGAAUUUAUUAAUCAUACUAAUAAAUUAAAUUCUUCUUUCAGAAAUAAUGAUAAAAUUACAAAUUAUAGUCUUAUAAAAUUUGGUACAGAAUUUAGUAAAAUUCAUGGUCCAUUAAGUUUAGCUGUAUGUAUAUUUGGUAUACCAGCUAAUUUAGUGAAUAUUAUUGUAUUAACACGACGUGAAUUAGCACAAACUGCUACAAAUCAUUUAUUAUUAUGGUUAGCUGUUGCUGAUUUAUUAUUAAUGAUAUUAUAUGCACCAUGUUUAUAUCAUUUUUAUAUUAUUCAUCCACAUCCAAUGAAAAAUCCAAUUUAUACACCAAGUAAAUUAUGGAUUAUAUAUCAAGAAAUAGUUGUUAGUUGUGCAUUAAUGUUACAUUCAUUAGCAUUAUGGUUAGCUGUAUUAUUAGCAUUAUUUCGUUAUAUACAUGUAGGUUUUCCAAUGUCUGGUUCAAUAUAUACAACACGUAAAAGAGCAUUUAUAUCUGCAUCAUUAACAACAUUAUUUUGUAUUAUUGUAUCUAUACCAAAUAUAUUAGUUAAUCAUUCAGAAUCAUGUUUAGGACCCAUAUUAAAUUAUAAAUCAAAUAAUGACAAAUUAUUUAAUAAAAAUAUACAAAUUUAUUAUUAUAUAACAUCGGAACCAGAUUUUAAUGAGAUACAUUCAUUACAAUAUAUCAAUAUAACAAUUAAACAAUUAAAUGGUUGGAGAACAAAACAAUUACAUAAUUUUAAUGUAUGGUUACAAGCUGUUAUAACAAAAAUUGCACCAUCAUUUUUAUUAACCAUAUUAACUAUUUUAUUAAUUAUUGAAUUACAAAAAUCAAUAAAACGUCGUAAAUUAUUAUUUUUACAUCGUGAUAAAUCAUUAUCUAUUAUACAAUCUACAUCGAUACCUCCAUUAUAUAAUGAUGAAAGUAAAAAAUUAAAUCGUGAAACACGUACAACAGCAUUAUUAUUAACUAUUGUAUUAUGUUUUCUUGUAAUUGAAUUACCUCAAGGUAUAUUAGUAACAUGUAUACAUUUAAUUGAUAAAUUUGAAGAGAAUGUUUAUCAACAUUUAGGUGAUUUAUUAGAUUUUUUAACAUUAUUAAAUGAAUCAAUUAGUUUUAUUAUAUAUACAACUAUGUCAUAUCAAUUUCGUCAAACAUUUGUAAAUAUAUUUUGUCCAUUAUUAAUACAUAAAUCAAUUAUAUAUCAUGAACAACCAACGAAUACAAUACAAUAUCGUCAACAAUAUCGUAUAUCACCAAUAAAACAUUAAAUAAUCAAUGAAUUAUAUAAUAAAUUCCAUGAUACUUUUUAAUUAACUAACUCACUUGGAUACAAAUGAAUGAUGAUGAUGAACUAUUAAGAAGAAUGAAUUAUUAGUAUUGAGAAUAGAAGUUUAUUAUGAACUUCUUUACAAUUAAAUAAUAAACUAUGAAAAGAAUUAAAAUAGAGAUACUGUGGUUCAUAAGUUUUACACCUAAUGAAAUCCAUCAUAGAAACUAAUAAAGUAAAUGAAAUGGUUCAAUUUAUAAUUGUUACUAUACAAAUAAUAUUCAUUUAAAUGUAACACUUACAAUAUUGAAUAUAUAUUGUGUAUAAUUAUUCAUGCUUUGAAAUUAAUCAAUAAAUAGAGAUAAUUUACUAUUUGAAAAUGAAAAAAAACGAAAAACAAAAAUAAAAAUAAACAAAAACAAAAAAAAAGAAAAAAGGAAAGUAGUUUGAGUUUUUUUUUGUGAAACAUAUAAUGUUUAAUAUUUCAUAAUAUAUAUUCAUUGAAAAAAUAUUUUGAAAAAUCAAUCGGAAUUUUUUCUCCCCAUAAAUACACAAAAAGAAACAUUAUUUAGUUGCUAAGUGAAUAGAUUUACUCAUAGUAAUAAUAAAAUUCUGAUAUGAAUUCAUAUGAAAUUUGAUUUUAAAUAAUACUUAUCAGGGUUUUUUUCUAUAUUUUAAGAGAUUCCUAAUUCAUAAAGUAUAUAUUUAGUUCACUUAGUAUUGUUUGUUUGAAUCUUCCCAUUGAUGUUCAGCAUUACUAUUGAUCGGACACUUAUUUAGUCCCAGAAUGAACAUCAAAUCUGAGAUGCAGGUACAUGCAGUUGGUUUAUCUCAAAUAGGACGAAACGCGCAUCCUUGAUACCACUGCCAGCCACUAUCCAUCUUUGCAUAUAUAUUUAGUGUUAAUAUUGUUUAUGGAAAUUAGUAUCUCGUUGAACUAUAGAGCAGUUAACAUGGAUUUAUAUAUAUAAUAGUUGGAUUCAUGUGUUGACUAAGGCUAGAUCACCAUGGAAAAUCUGGAAGCAUUAGAUGGCCGUUUCGUCCUAGUGUGCGAUUCUUCAGUCGUGGUCUAAUUUUAAUUGUUUCAUGAAGUCAACUAUUGAAAUUAAAUACAAUUUCCAUAAAAACCAUCCCAAUCUAAUUUAUAAAUAUGACAAUCUUCAGUCUUUAUCAAUUUACGCCUAACACUCACAGAUAGUACUUAGUUUUGUGAGACUAAAGGUCGCCCAAAGGUCGCCCAUAUAUUACCGUCUCACUGUUGUUUCGUUUAUAUAUGUUUCUUGUAAAUAUUAAAUUCUGAAGAUUUAAACAUGAAUAUCAUUUAUUUUCCGAUUAGAACUACAUAAUGUUUCUUCAUAUAAUUAACAUUUAAACGUGGUUAUUGAUUUGCCUCAUAACUAUUCCACUUUCUAAAGUAUCACAAAUAUAUAAAAUAAGAAUGAAAGUAGAUUGUUAUCUGUUACAUUUGUAACAUUUUGAUUUAGUCAUUACCUUUAUGCUCUAUGUUAUUCUUCUUCAAUAUAAAAUAAGCAUUAUGUAUAAUGGAAGAUGUGGAGGUGUGGCAACUUGAACCGAUGCAUAUAUGUGCCUAGAGAUGGUGGGGAAGAUUUGUAGCUCAGGUGGAUGAUUUUGGUGGAGUUUUGUUCUCUGAGCUGGAUGGUUUGGUCGUGGAGCUUUCAUCGUUCUUCUGAACGAUAUCGACAGCACAAACUUCAGAUAGAGGUGAAGUGUUCGAAUUUCUCCAUAUGUGUUUCAGGAAAAUCAUGCACAAAUAAAGGAACAAAAAUCAAACCAAUGGGAGACACAACCAAAACAAAGAAGUAAACAAUGAUAAAUUUAAGGUCAAUAAGAACCAAUCAACAUCGAGGUGCACAGAACAAGCUGUGAAACACAUAUGGAGAAAUUCGAACACUUCACUUUUAUCUGAAGUUUGUGCUGAUGAUGUCGUUCAGAAGAACGAUGAAAGCUCUACGACCAAACCAUCCAGCUCAGUGAACAAAACUCCACCAAAAUAUGUGCCUAGUCCUACGUUGUAGCUGACUGACUAACUGACCAUAAUGAAGGUAUGAUCUGAUUCAGUUAGAGAAAUCGAAGAGAUUCACUAAUAUGAUUUUCAUUAUCUAAUAAUGUUUCUAAUUGUUUUCAAUGUUGUCAUACAACAAUCUUAAUCAUUUUAAGUUGACAACAAUUGUCAACUGAAUUUCUGAUUAAGAAGACAACUUUGUAAACGUGUGAUUUAUUAAAUAUAUUGACUGAUUCAAGUUAUCAUUUAAUAAGAAAACAUUGAGAAGAAAACGUUUACUAUACAUUGAAUUGUUUGUUGAUUUAUUCUAACUGCAUAAUAAUAACUUGAAUUAUUUUUCUGGUUAGCGUUUUUUAGCGAGCUAGUUUCCCACGGCAUGUAGUCACUAACCCCAUGCCCAACGCUCCUCCUUCAUCCGGGCUUGGUGCCAGAAGUAGCCCCAGAGGGACUUGAUCAAUCUAUAUAUAUUAUAUUGUACAGAAUAAUAAAUCAGUCUUAUCUCCAUGUAAAUAAAUCUUAUGUACAUCAUCUAAUGGUGUAGAUUAACUAGAAAUGUUCAAUAUAUCUGAUAUUUGGAUUAUAAUAUCUGUAGAGACAUAAGCUUCAAUAAAUUAGAUACACCAAUAUUUUCAAUCAGCUGUUACUUUUUUUAUUUGAGCUACUAAGUAUCAAACAUAGAUUAUUCACAUUACAGGUUUAUUAAAGAUUGAUUUAAAAAUCUUAGUAUUCACAUAUGAAAACAUGAAUCUAAUUGAAUUAUUUCAUUUUUUUUUCUUAGUUUUAAACGUUAACAUCAUGUAUGAAAGGAAAUAAACAGAUAGGGGAGAAGAUUUCUAGCUCAGGUGGGUGAUUUUGACGAAGUUUUAUUCUCUGAGUUGGAUGGUUUGGUCAUGAAGUUUUCGUCGUUCUUCUGAACAAAAUCAUCACCAUAAACUUCAAGUAGAAGAACAAUGAACGCUCCACAACGUAGAUCAGAAAGCACUGAACAAUUAUAUAUUUAAAGCUUUGAAAUUUUCAACAAUAAGCAUGCACAGUCCCAUAAAGCCAUCACAUGAUGGCAAAGGUUCAUUAGGUGAUGUCGAUCAGUGAUGAAAACCACAUCCAAUCAAAGUUUUUAACUAAAUGCUUAUAUAUAUAUAUAUGUUAAUUGAUGAGUCAAUUAAAGUUAGACCACCAAGGAAAAACCGAAAAUACUGAACGGCAGUUUUAUCUCAGUAUGGGACUCUUCAGCAGUUCAUAUCCACGAUCCCGCUCGCGGAGUUCGAACACAGGACAUAUAGAUCUCGCGCGCGAACGCUUAGCCUUUAGACCACUAAGCUGGUCGAUAUCCAACGGUGUUAAUGUUUAACUUCAACCAGUCCACGGUAGUGAGCGACCGUCCACCAUUGUCUUCAGUGAGUUACCAUGUGACAACGGACAUGAUCGACCUCCACUGAUCGUGGCUGCGGAAAGCCAUACUAAGACGAAACAGCCUUUCAGUGCUUCCAGGUUUUCCACGAUGGUCUAGAAUUAACUGACUCAUGAAUUCAACUAUUAAACUACUAUAAUAUCCACAAAAACCCCUUUCUGAAUGUAUAUAAAUAUCAUUUUGUUAUGCAAACUCUUGUACUUUCUAAUUUUGUUCCCUAAUUUACUAGUUAGUUAGCUGUUGGUUUGUGUGUAAGAAGUUUACGUUUAAAUUAAAUGUACAUAUUUAUCAACUACUGUUAUUUUUAACCUGGUCGGUGGACUAUACUCCACGACGUGUAACAGGCGUACGUAAAUAGUUUUACAUAAAAAGAGUCUUGUAACAAUAUAUAAGUAUAAUAUAGUUAAACUAUUGAGAAACUAUAAAUAUUUAAGUCAUUAUCAAUCUCAUUUUAAAUCAACAUUUACACAUUUUUCAUUUUUAGUUAAACAAUCACUGAAAAACAAAGAGAGCGUUGAACUGUUAUUUUGUUUUAGUCUGGAACACUUCUGUGCUGCCAAUCUACGACUUCAUCCUGUGGUAGGACCUAUAAAUCUUCAGAUCUUAUGAUAGGUGCUUAACUUUAAGAUCACUGAUUCGUUAUUCAGUGGUUUGCAUUUCUAACUCAAAUCUAUUCUUGCUCAUCCAUAACCACGCUGUAAGCUACAAAAACUUCAUAACCUCAAAAUAUUCUCUAUAUUAAUAGUUAUUAUUUCAUUCACAUACAUGAUAUUAAAAAUAACAUUUUAAUUUUAACAGUUUCAUACACUUAUAAUUAUUGUUUCAAUAGUUGAAUUCACGAGUCCAUCAAAGCUAGAUCACCAUGGAAAACAUGAAGGUACUGGACGGCUGUUUCGUCACUGUAUGAGACGCUUCAGCAGUGCGCGUCCAUAAUCCCGCAUGAGGGAUUCGAACUCACAAACUUUAUUCUCAUACGCGAAUGCUUAACGUGUAAGCUACCGAACAACCACACAACGUUUUUAAUGUUUAACUUCAACCAAUCUACGAAAAUGCACACUGCUGAAGGGUCCCAAUACUAGGACGAAACUGCCGUCCAGUGCUUUCAAGUUUUCCGUGGUAGUCUAACUUAAAUCAACUCACGAAUUCAACUAUUAAAAUUAUUACAAUCUCCACAAUAUUUCUUUUUUUGAUAAUUAUUGUUAUUUUGUUUUAAUUUUCUGAUAAUCAAAUGAAAAUAUAGAAAAACCUUAUCGCCUUAUUUUACUUCAAUAUAAACU